AUGGAUGACGACAUGGACAUUGACAUGGCGAAAACGAAGGCUGAGAAAGAUCAUGCAACGCGUGCCAAAGCGAGCAAGUCCUGGCGGAUCCUACGGCUCUCUGCGAGGAGUAAACUAGCGGCUUUUCAGAAACUCGAAGACGGUAAAAACAUCGGGGUCUUGUUUGAGAAGAACAUACCUGCUGAGGGCGCCUCCCAGAUGCUUGAGGGAACUCCCCAGGUAUCGGAGGCGGCCACAAAGACAUCAGCCGAGGGCCAGGCCACUGAACCGGGGCCCAGCCAUGGGGUUGGCAAUAAUACCGAGAAGGAAAACUCGAGCGUUGCCACCGAACAGACAUCAGCCGACUCGACGGACGCAAUUGCGACGGGCAAAGAGCAAGAGACGUGA